AUUGACUGUGAAUCUGACCGUGUGUGAAAUGUGUGCCUUUUUUAGGUGGUGUGAAAAAGUUAGGUACCAUGUCAAGAUCUGGUGACAGGACCUCCACCUUCGACCCGACACACAGCGACAGCCUCCUCCACGGCCUGAACCUGCUGUGGAGAAAGCAGCUCUGCUGCGAUGUGACUCUGACAGCCCAGGGACAGCAGUUCCACUGCCACAGGGCAGUGCUGGCUUCCUGCUCCCAGUAUUUCCGCUCCAUCUUCUCCAACAACCAGCGCAAGGACAGCACCCACGAGCCGGGCAGCCGGACCCCCUCCUCCCCGGCCGAGGAGCUCUCCAGGUCCAUCAACAACAUCGUGCUGCAGGGCUGCUCGGCCCCCGGGGUGUGCCUGGUGCUGGAGUACAUCUACACGGCCAACAUGACCCUCUCGCUGGACACGGUGGAGGACGUGCUGUCGGUCAGCAAGAUCCUCCACAUCCCCCCGGUCACCAAGCUGUGCGUCCAGUUCCUGAACGACCAGAUCUCGAUGCAGAACUACAAGCAGAUCUGCCAGAUCGCCGCCAUCCACGGGCUGGACGAGACCAAGAAACUGGCCAACAAGUACUUCGUGGAGGACAUCCUGCUGCUCAAUUUCGAAGAGGUGUGCGCCAUGAUGGACUCGAUGCCGCCACCUGUGGAGUCGGAGCUGGCUCUCUUCCAGAUGUCCGUGCUGUGGAUCGAGCACGACCGGGACCCCCGCAUGCAUCACGCCCCCGACCUGAUGAAGCGCCUCCGCUUCGCCCUCAUCCCCGCGGCCGAGCUGGUGGAGAGGGUCCAGACGGUGGACUUUAUGCGGACUGACCCCGUCUGCCAGAAGCUGCUGCUGGAUGCCAUGAACUACCACCUGAUGCCCUUCAGGCAACACUGCAGGCAAACCCUGGCCAGCAGUAUUCGCUCCACUAAGAGAGUCUUGUUGCUGGUCGGUGGGUUACCUCCGGGUCCGGAUCGACUUCCGAGCAACUUAGUUCAAUAUUACGACGAGGAAAAGAAGACAUGGAAAAUCCUUACACUAAUGCCUUAUAACAGUGCCCACCAUUGUGUUGUGGAGGUAGAAAACUUCCUGUUUGUACUUGGAGGAGAAGACCAGUGGAACCCAAAUGGAAAACAUAGCACAAAUCUUGUCAGCCGAUAUGAUCCUAGAUUUAACAGUUGGAUACAACUCCCUCCUAUGCAAGAAAGGCGAGCAAGUUUCUAUGCCUGUCUGCUGGAUAAGCACUUGUAUGUGAUUGGUGGAAGGAAUGAAAGUGGCUACUUGUCAAGUGUUGAAUGCUAUAAUCUGGAAACCAAUGAUUGGUGCUAUGUCUCUUCCCUGCCUCAGCCUCUGGCAGCUCAUGCUGGAGCAUCACACAAUGGAAAGAUUUACAUAUCAGGAGGUGUUCAUAAUGGGGAGUAUGUACCAUGGCUCUACUGCUAUGACCCAAUAAUGGAUGUAUGGGCCAGAAAACAAGACAUGAACACCAAGCGAGCAAUCCAUGUUCUGGCUGUGGUGAAUGAUCGUCUGUAUGCCAUUGGGGGAAACCAUUUAAAAGGUUUCUCACACCUCGAUGUUAUGCUAGUUGAAUGUUAUGACACUAAAGGCGACCAAUGGAACAUUCUUCAGACUCCUAUCCUGGAGGGUCGUAGUGGUCCAGGCUGCACAGUAUUGGAUGACAACAUUUACAUUGUUGGGGGCUACAGCUGGAGUAUGGGGGCCUAUAAAUCAUCUACUAUCUGCUACAGCCCUGAGAAAGCAACUUGGACAGAACUGGAAGGGGAAGUUGCUGAGCCCCUCGCAGGCCCAGCCUGUGCAACAGUUAUAUUGCCAACCUGUGUGCCCUAUAAUAAAUGAGACAUUUACCAGUUCACAGCAUCAAUACAAAACACUGAGACAAUUUAUUUAAACAUCAAGUGCAAAGUAUUGAAUUCUUACUCCCAAACAUAUUUAAUGUUUCAAAUGUGCUUUUUUACUAUGGUAAUUUAUGACUCUGAAAAUGUAAUGUAAAUCUUUCUAUCUUUCGGAAGAAAGGCAUGUCCAAGUUAAAAACAAAUACCCUGAUGUAGUAGAAUAUAACGGUAUGUAAAUUUUGUACAGGAUAAGAAAGUGUAAAUGAAGCUUGUCUGUUGAAAACAUACUUAAAUAAAAACUUUAAAAA